AAACGAUGGAUCUGAAUUCCCUUUUUCACCAAAUCACCAAAGAAAUUAAAUUUCAGGCAAGGAAAUAUUCUACCUUCAACAAGCAAGAAGCAAAGUAAAUUAAAACAAGUGUUAAAAGAGGCAGCCAUGGCAGACAAAACAGUGAUCAUAACAACUCUAAAUGCAGCAUGGACAGCUCCAAAUUCCAUUUUUGAUCUUUUUUUGGAGAGCUUUAGAAUUGGAAACAAUACAAAUUCUCUAUUGAAUCAUGUAUUAGUUGUAGCUUUGGAUCAAACUGCGUAUUCUCGUUGUUUGGAGAUUCACUCACAUUGCUAUGCAUUAAUCACAAAUGGAGUUGAUUUCUCUGGGGAAGCACAUUUUAUGAGUGAUGAUUAUUUGAAGAUGAUGUGGAGGAGAAUCGAUUUUCUUCGUAUUGUUCUCGAGAUGGGAUAUAACUUCAUUUUCACGGAUGCAGAUAUAUUAUGGUUUCGAAGACCAUUUGCACAUUUUUAUUCACAUGCCGAUUUUCAAAUUGCUUGUGAUCAUUAUGUCCACAACUCAUUCAAUCUGAAGAACGCGCCAAACGGAGGGUUCAAAUAUGUGAAAUCUAAUAAUCAAACGAUCCAAUUUUACAAAUUUUGGUAUGACUCAAGGAAGAUUUAUCCAGAAAAACACGAUCAAGACGUGCUCAACAUAAUCAAAUUUCAUCCAUUUCUCAAGAAAAUUAAACUGAAAAUAAUGUUUUUGGACACAGCUUAUUUUGGAGGAUUUUGUGAACCUAGCAAAGAUGUUAAUUUAGUGUGCACAAUGCAUGCAAAUUGUUGUGUAGGUCUUGGUAACAAAAUACAUGACCUAAAAAUGGCCAUUAAUGAUUGGAAAAAUUAUAUGGCUUUGCCAAGUGGUGAAACGAUUUCAAAAAGACAUACUUGGACUGUUCCAAGAAUAUGUGGGCUAAAAUUCAUAAAGAACCACUUUUCUUCACAUGUAAUUGAAAAACAGUCACUGGAUCGAGUUUCAAAUUCUACAAAUAAAACUUCAUAACAAUCUCGUGAAAUUUUACUUGUGGAAUUUAAAAUUUCGUAACAAUGAUUAUAUUUUAGUUACAAGACCAAAAGGUGAUUAGCCCUCGUUAUUAUUAU